AUGAGGAGGUCCGUUCCCCAACUGCUGCUGCUCGUGCUCCUGGCUUUCCCCGCCGCCUUGCUUCUGGGUGGCGCCCGCAGCGGCCCAGGUGAGGCGGGCCGACAGAGAACGAGCGGGGGCUCCGCUUUAUCUCCGCCUCGCGCGCGUACGCGAGGCGGCGGUUGAGGGGCCGGGCGUGGGGGGGGGGGGAAGGAACGUUCCUGUGCUUUUUUGAAAUGGAAGCAGCGCGUGAGGCGGCUUCGCGCGUGCCGUUUCGGCUGGUGAAUUCUGAAAGGCGGGGACGGAGGCUUCUGAGUGGGGCGGGGGGCUCCUUUUCCUCUGCUCUCUCUCCCCCCUCCCCUAUUCGCUAGGCUGACGUGUCAGUCCAGACCUCCGAUAGCCACAUGGUGCUGGCAGGUCGUAGCUUCGUUGACUUCUACGUUUCUCGUUAACCUCCUUUUUGAGGGACUCGAAAGCUGACACGUGUCAGCAGCCCGAGGUUGUGCGAGGAGUUUCGCUUUUCCCCCUGCAAACUCUACCUUCGGUGGGAAUGGAGCGCGCAGCUCUUCAUGUUGCUCAGGUGUCUCCUUCGGUGCAGCUGUGAUUCCUUCUGGCUGCUGCUGAAGGGGAAGAAAGAGAGGAAAAUCACACAUAGUUCCUCUUAUUUCAGCACAGCGUUCAGGUUCGGCCUCUGACCCCACCUGGAGACGUGCGAGCCAAAAAGCUCGGUACGCUUUGGCAACCUUUGCCAAAUGGACAGCUAUCGGGAAACCAGUUUCUCUUGUUCCCUUUAAAAGAGGGAGAGUUGAAGUGCAGGCAACUCACACGGAAGCAUCAUAACAUUUCAGGUUCUCGUGAUCAACUUGUUGCACUGGUGUGCAAGCUGCAGCUUUGAGAUCCUUGCUUUGAAUGGGAAAGAAAGAGCAAACUCGUGCCCAGAGGAAACUUGUGUCGGAUUCAUAGGGGCUCAGCCAAGUUUCCUUGAAGGAACCUUGGAAGUAACUGAAGACAGUUUUUCCCAAAUCUGUUGGGUUCUGUUGAGUAGUGUUUUUACAGUUAAUAAAAUUGUGGAGAGCUUGGAGAUUACUGAUCUCAAAAGUUGGGUGUCUGAACUGGUAGAGGUCUGCUGAACUGUGUGAAUUGAAUCAAAUUACUUUCCUGAGUUCAUUUGACAACUAAGAACAUAUCCCUGUGGUUGUCCACGGUCAGGGUUGAGAUCUUCAUGUUUUUGCUGAGUAAAUCCAAUAACAGCAUUUAAAUUGCAUUAUCAUACAAAUUACUUGCAAUUUCUUGGAUGUUUCUGCAGCAGUACAAGCCAAGGUCAAGUAAGUUUUGGGAGGACCUUGCUCAAGAAGCUUGUCAGUAUAAAUUGAGACCAGCAUAGAUUUGAUUUUGUGUAUCAUACCAGCAAAUGUGUUCAAUUAAUGUUUAAUUAAGUAAUUAAUCAACAUAUUCUAAACUCAACCAGAUGGUGUAAACGUAGAUUGUUUUCAAUUUUGAAACAAUGUUUGUGGUUGGGGUUGUAGUUCAGUACAAAAUGAAGGAAUACAGGGGCAGCUAGUGUAGAAUACAAGUUUGUGAUCUUAUGUAGGGCUAUUAUUGAUAUGCAGGUGUGAUCAAGGUUAUGGGGUAGGUAUACUUCACAGAGAAUAUUGCACGUGCUUUCCAAGGUUAAUUAUACAGGGUGCGGUAACACAGCUGGAGGUCUAGGUGAGGGUUAUGUGUUUAAAAGGCAUGCUGUAUUUGCCAGUAACACUUGUCUCUUCAAACCUCCCAGCACGAAGCCUACUCCUGGCAGACCACUGGCAUUAUUUCCAUUUAAAACAUAAAUCCAGAAAUGUUGUGUAUUUGAAUUGUUAAACAUUCUGGAACAAAAAUCACAUAAAUUAUAAAGCUCAAACAUGAAAUAAAACAUUGCUGGUAUUAUAUGCAGAUACCAUAAAGGAUGGGUGAUAUAUAUGCCUUAUGCAUAUAUAUGCAUUCUGAUAUAUGCCUUGUGCAUUAACCACAAGGUGAAUCUACCUUAAAACAGCAUGAACUUGCAUAUCAGAACUGGGGGAGGGGGUGGAUUGAUUCCACCCAUAUACAGUGGUACCUCGGGUUAAGUACUUAAUUCGUUCCGGAGGUCCGUUCUUAACCUGAAACUGUUCUUAACCUGAAGCACCACUUUAGCUAAUGGAGCCUCCUGCUGCUGCCGUGCCGCCAGAGCACAAUUUCUGUUCUCAUCCUGAAGCAAAGUUCUUAAUCCGAGGUAAUAGUUCUGGGUUAGCGGAGUCUGUAACCUGAAGCAUAUGUAACCUGAAGCGUAUGUAACCCGAGGUACCACUGUAAUGUAUAAUGCCACAUUACAAUGCUGCCAGUUAUUUUCAUUUAUUUCUCCAGCGGUCCCUCACAUGCCAAGUACCUUCCACAGCUGUCAUACAUUGGGCCAGCAUUUUCAUUGAGCUGUCCACCACAGACCCAAGAUGUUUCCUUCUUAGUAAUGGCUAGUUCAGACCCCACCAGUGUUCAUUUGAAAGGGUGGGGGGUUGCCUCAUUGUGCAUCACUUUACACUUUGAAUUAUAUUUGCCUCAAUUGGAAAGAUCCUUAUAGUUUUAUGGAUGACCCUUCUCAUAGUAACAACACAGAUAUCAUUUGGGCUUACUGGCAUAGGCUUAUUAGUUUCAGAUUAAAACUAGCACUCUUUUAAUUUCAUUUGCAGUGAUUUUGUAUUACCAUUUUUUCUUGUACAAUGUCAUAGAUACAUGUGUGUUUUCUCUUUGGUUUUGUGACCUAAUCAGUUAUAACGUAGCUCUUCUGGAGAUUUUGCAUGUCUCUUCUCUUGGCUCCAAUUCAGUUUUCUUGAACCUCUAGUUAGUGUUCUUUGUUCUGGAGCAAAGUCAAAUACCUACAUUCCUUGUUGAAUGGGAGAGAAUUUAUGCAGUUGCAAUAGCAUGUGCUUAGUGUUUUUAGCAAAGUGUUCUGAUUGAGAGCUAGUUCCACAAAUUAAUUGCUGUGCAUUUCUACUUUUGUUCCCCAUUCAAAAUAUUUAGAUAAAUUCAGGGUAGCUCUCUUUCAGCAUUAGUAGUUUAAGAUAACUGGAAAAUUACACUUCUCAAUUCUUGGUAGUUAGUUCCUGGCUGUGAUAACAGAUGUUGAAUACACUCCCUCCUCUCCACUAUAAUGCCACAUCAUCAUUCUUUCUCAAAUAUAUAGGAGAGAUCAUGAAAUCUUGAAAGCAUGCUACUGCUUGGAAAAGUUUGUGUGGUCUACCAUAGUGCUUUUAGCAUAAUGAACAUUUCAAGGAAAUCACUAAAGAAUCCUAGUGAUAGAAGUCUACUAUCACAAUUUAAGAGAUUUAGUUUAACGCUGCUGCUCAACAGACAGCUAAAUUAAACCAGUAUGUUGAUUUUAAGCUCUCUUGAAGUCACUUGAACUGAGUUGUAAUGAAACUUUUGAGCUGUGGUUGCUUGAUGGCACUAAGACCUUUCCUUUUGUAACAUUCUGAAAGGAAGGGAAAUUUUAUUUGGAGUCUUCCCUGUGACCAAAAAAAGAGGGGUUGCUUUUGCCAUACAUUUGGAGGAGGUGUCCUAAAAUCCUUUAUUUCAAGCUCUUUAAUGCAUUGUCAUGCUCUAUUUUAGCAAAUAGCUCUUUAUGUGCUGUGAUUGUGUAACUUUGUGAGCUGAUACAAACUAGCAUACCUCCACAUUCCAGAGUUCUUAACCUUAAUAAAUCAAAGUUGCUAGCUUGCCAUAGUGCAACUUCAGUUGUAGCUUCUGCCAAGAUAUACCCCACUGUGGGGUAGAAAAUAUUCUGCAUGCUCCUAAGCUGCUCACUAGAGGUCCUUUUCCUUGCCCAAGUGGAUACUUGCUACUUUUUAGCUGGACUAACAUGCCCAUACUUUAAAGUUCUGUUCAGGGUGUUAGUCGUGGGAUGACUUCUGUGUGUUUGCAAUAAUAGUUUUUUUAAAAGACCUUUGUGAGGAAAUCUUUAUUUUAAUUACUUCUGUCCCUUCUGUAAUGUAUUUUGGUAGGAUUUAAGCCAGUGUCAUUGGCCUUUAUGUUUCUAAUCUGUAUGGUGCCUAGUGCAAUAUUAGGUGGUAUAUAAAAUUAAUAUUGACAACUGCUUUAUAAAUAUCAGAGUAAACUCUGGAUCUUCUUACACUGAACUUCUAGUGAUGCUUUUCACUAGAGACAUGAAUGCAACUCACAACUUAUCUAAACUGAUAACUUAGUAAGUGCAAUGAAACCUUUCAAAAGCAAAGUUAAACAAUAGAAUAACUUUGCCUACAUUUAAAAUAAUUUUUCAUUUACCUUGUCUCUAGGUUCUAGUUUGCUGGUGGCUGCUCAAGAUGCCACAGAAGAUGAAGAAGCUAUUGAAGAUACAGUCGUUGAAGAUGAAGAUGAUGAAGCUGAAGUUGAAGAAGAUGAACCCACAGAAUUGGUACAUCUACAAGUAUUUGUUUCUGUUUCACAAGCUUAUGUUGUCCAUUAUUGCAAUUUUUACAGCAGUUAACCCAUUAUCAAGAGUACUCAAUUGAAUCUGCCCAGGAUGUUUUGCUCUUGAGGUAAAGCUUAAAAUGCCACUCCUCCCUCUCCUCAUCUGCAUACCUGCCAUUGCCCACUCACAGUGGGUGGGAUGGAAAGGAGGCUGGGAAGAGGGGCACAGGUGGCAUGCUCCUUGGAGGUCAGUUCUGCUGCUCCUCCAAGCUGUCCUGAGGCUGCCAUGCUGAGACAUUGGGCUGGCCCUGUUAACUGCCAUAGUGAACAUCCACAAAUCAUAAUGCUUGAGUUGCUCCAACUGUAAGUAGGAUAUAGUAAAAAUGGACCUUUGCUAAACCCAAGGAGCUAUACUGCUGGUCAAAAAAAUGUGCAGCAGGGAUAGAAAUGCAGCAGUAUAUUGGGGAGAGGGAAUAUCUUUUGAGUGGUUGGAAUGACCACAUGGUCAGUUGUGGAGGGAAGAGUCACACUUUGAAAUAUCUGCAUUAGGCUUAUGGUGGUCUCUUUCCUAAGCCUGCCACUACAGGUCUCCCUCCUCCAGAACAGUUCCUUCUUGUAUAUCAAAAACCCAAAGGGAAGUACAAUGCUUGAUGGCCACAGUUUGUAUUACUGCCACCAAGUUGUAUGCAAAUCUUACUGAUGGCUGUAUUGCCAUUAAUCCUAGUGAAUAUUACAACAGCAGAAGGCUGGUUUUGAUUAUGUAUAAUAUCUCUUUCUAGACACAAUUAUCAAAUGUGUAUUUGAUAAUUUACUUAGUAACUCUAAGCUUUUCUAUACUUUGUACAUUUGACCACUUCUGCUUUUCAUGAAGCUGCCUGUUCUUAGUUGUGGUUUGGUGUACAAGCACCUAUUUUGGUGUUUUGGUAGCUGUUUUGUAAGGUUGUGUAUUGGCCUCCUCUUGUUACAUGAUAAUAUGAACAUUAGCUUUCUGAUACCUACUCUAUUUGCAAAAGGUAAGUUGCUCACCUCUGAUUUGUUCACCUUCCCCACCCUCUUCCCUCUCCAUUCCUGGAGUACAUAAUACAUGCAUACAUAAUUUUAUUUAUAUGUCGCACUUCCAUAUUUCACACCAUACUCAAAGCAGCUCACAACAUGAAAAAAUACAUAAUUGUCCUGGACAAAGAUGGAGAAACCAAGUCUAAGCAUCAUGUUGCAUUCAGUGGUUGCACUUCUUUCUGCUUCUCUCAGCUAAACAGAAAGGAACAUGAAUCCAGCUUGCAAGCAAACAUCCUUCCAAAGGAGCCCUGUUAGACAGAAGCAGCACAUGGGGCUUUUGCUUUCUUAUGGGACUUGCUUCCAAACAGACACACAAAGGAUUGUGCUCUUAAUAAUUGUUUUCAAGAAAUUCCAAAUAUUUAUUGCAACAUUAAUGUUUUUGCGUGGAAAUGCUUUUAUGUGGGAUUUUGCAAUAGUGGUCUUACUUCAGAUAUUCAUUGCUUCACUGUUCGUCAUAGGCUUUUCAAAAACAUUCUCUUGUAUUAGACAGAAGAGAAAGAGGAAGAAGAUCUAUCGGGAGAACCGAAAGCAUCCCCUAGCGCUGAUACAACCAUCUUGUUUGUGAAAGGAGAAGGUAAAAAAUGGCCUCCUUUUUACCUCAGACCAGCACACUUGUAUCAGUUUAGUCUAAUUAUAGUGCAACAUUAUGCAUGUUUUGAGUUGUGCACACAAUUUCAGCUUAACCAGUUUUCUAAUUUCCUCCUAGAUUUUCCAGCAAACAACAUUGUGAAGUUUUUAGUUGGCUUUACUAACAAGGGUACAGAAGACUUCAUUGUGGAGUCUCUAGAUGCUUCGUUCCGGUACCCUCAAGAUUACCAGUUUUUCAUUCAGAAUUUCACUGCUCUUCCUCUGAACACGGUUGUUCCACCACAGAGACAGGCCACAUUUGAAUACUCCUUCAUUCCUGCAGAGCCUAUGGGUGGUCGCCCCUUUGGACUGGUUAUCAAUCUGAACUACAAAGACCAAAAUGUGAGUGACAGCCUGGAAGCUUGGCAAGGUUUCCUUAGUGUUAAACUAGGCAUUUGCUGAUGUUAUCCAGGAGUAUUGAGUGAUGUUUAUCCAAGUGUGCCAUUUUUAUCUUGCUUAGGCUUGGGUAUCUAUUCUGCAAGUUCUGGUAUAGCCAAAUCCUUGAUAGUAUUCCAAUAUGAUAGUCUAAGGUUUGUGAUGAAUGGUUUUGGAAGGAGGCAUUAGAGUUCAUGUCUUGGAGCCUGAUUUGAACAGGUGCAGUCUUGCUUUUUAAAAUACUGCCUUUACUUUUUGUAACUCUUCACAACAACAUUAUACACUCCUCAAUAUCUGAAUGUUCUGACACUUUCUGAAUCUGAGUUGGUCUUUUUUUGUUCUUGUUGUUUUGAUCAACAUAAGCUAUCGUUAUGAUUUUGCCUCCUCCUCUCUCUCUCCUCACCUUCCCAAUCCCAGGUAAAAAAAAAGCUUCAUCAAUCUCCAAAUGUAACUUUAUUUGUCCUUUUCAAAAGUUUUAGACAAACUCCACUUUGAGUGGUCGCUUUUCAUCCCUUUGUUGUGGACAUUUUCUCCUAGUAAAGCUUUGAAAAUGUGUGUUGACAACCUGAGGCCUACAAGACACUGAGUCCUGUAAGCUAGCUUUCUGUUUAUUGUGAUUUGCAAUGUGAGUGGAAAUUAUAGACAAGAACAAAGCGCUGAGGAGCAGUUCAUCCCUGGAGGUAUAUACAGUGGAACCUUGGUUCUCGAACUUAAUCCGUUCUGGAAGUGCGUUCAACUCCCCAAACGUUUGAAAACCAAGGUGUGGCUUCCGAUUGGUGCAGGCGCCCCGGAAACAAUAGCCGACAGCCGCAUCAGACGUUUGGCUUCUGAAAAGCAUUCAAAAACCGGAACAGUUAUUUAUGGGUUUUCAGCGUUUUGGAGCCGAUUUGUUUGUCAACUAAGCCAUUCAAGAACCAAGGUUCCACUGUAUUAACAUUACUGUCACAUAGUGGCUUGAAUCUGUUAUCUUGGGCAGCCUUUAAUGUUACUGUAUUUUUCAUUUUAGGGAAACUUCUUUCAAGAUGCUGUUUUCAACCAGACUGUUACCAUUAUUGAAAAGGAAGAUGGAUUAGAUGGUGAAACGUAAGACUUAAUUUAAAUAACCUAUUUAUUUAUUAAUUCUUUCAGAGGCUUUUAUUGCCCCCCUUCUUCAUUCAGUCCUAGAGCAGGUUAUCUACUGUUAAUCUUCAAUUAAACUUUGUAGCAUCUUCCACCCUCAAGGGCCUGUGGAAGGUGUGUCUUGACCUAAAAACAAAACAUGUAUAGUAAUGUGGGUGGGCACACCUCAAAAGAGCCACCAAAGAAAAUGCCCUCUCAAGCACCACUGUCCCACUAAGUUCUAAUAGAAUCAUAGAGUUGGAAGGGUCCCUGAGGAUCAUCUAGCUGAACCCUCUGCAAUGCAGGAAGAUGCAGCUGUCCCGCACAGGGAUUGAACAUGCAACCUUGGCAAUAUCAUCGCCAUGCUGUAACCAGCAAGGCAUCUUCUGCUGAUCUCAACACCGAGGCAGGUCUAUAUAAUCUCCUUUGUUGAUUUUAGAGUAGUAACUCAUAGGUGCUUUGCAGUUCUAUGUGUUUCCCACACAUAGCUCCAUUAGGUACAUGUUUUAUUUGCAGGAUUUAAGAUUUAGCAGUAAUUUGGAUCAUUCUUAAUUUCUUUUUGUCAUCUUGGCUUGGGGUGGGGAGAAUUUAUCUAGAUGAGAACUUAGCUGUCCCACCAAAGUUAUUGAGUUGAAACUGGUGUCCCUUGGUUGGCUAAUCUGACUCCUCCUAUCAAGAGAUGAGUCCUUCAUAAAGUGUUCUACAAAGUAUAGUUGGGGUUGAUGUUGGGAUGGGCAUAUGAGUGUGUGUUCAUUUUUAGGACAGCAACUGUCUACUUAAUCUGGUAAAGGUAUUCAGGGAUGAUUUGUUUAGUUUUCUUCUAUUUAAAGAAAUAAAAGCUUACUGGACCUCUCUUCUCCUUUUUCUAAACAAGGAUUUUUAUGUAUAUGUUCCUUGGUGGACUUAGCCUGCUUGUCAUUGUUGGUCUACACCAGCUGUUGGAAUCUAGGAAGGUAAGAAAUUCUGCAGGUCAUCUUUCCGGUUAUAGAUGCUACUCUGGACCCAGACGAUGGUCUCAAGACACUGUGUUAAACUAACUGGCUCUCUUUAAUAUGUGGAUGGGCUGGUGACUGAAACCUGUACACACUGCUAUAGGCUACCUGGAAGGAAAGAUCAUGUCAUAUAUUAGAACAUUGCUUUUCUUGAGGCAAGCCUUAAUCCAAGGCAAUUUUACACAAAGAUCAAGCUACCAUGCAGUAGAAGUGUAGCUAAUACAGUGGUGCCUCGCAAGACGAAAUUAAUCCGUUCCGCGAGUCUCUUCGUCUAGCGGUUUUUUCAUCUUGCGAAGCAACCCUAUUAGCGGAUUAGCGCUAUUAGCAGUUUAGCGACUAUUAAAGGCUUAGCGGCUUAGCGGCUAGAAGGCUAUUAGCGGAUUAGCGGCUUAGAAAAGGGGGGGGGGAACGAAAAAAAUCUCAAGACUCGCAAGACAUUUUCAUCUUGCGAAGCAAGCCCAUAGGGAAAUUCGUCCUGCGAAGCGCAUCAAAAAACGGAAAACCCUUUCGUCUAGCGGGUUUUUCGUCUUUCAAGGCAUUCGUCUUGGGGGGCACCACUGUAUUUGCUUUAGAGACCAUAGGCCAAUUCCUGUUUAUUUAAGUGAUUUUUUUUCAUGCAGUGGUAUUCUCUUUGCACCUGGGAGGUAACUGGAUUGCAUCUGCACACACUUCCUUAUAAACAGAAUGUUGUAAAAUGUGAUCAGAUGUUGAGUUGCUGUAAUAGAAGACUACAUAAGCAAAUCUUAGCCAUAGUUGAGAGUGAAAAGUGGCUAAAAUGCCAUGUUUCAUUUCAUCAUAAAGAGCAGAUACAAGUGCAGCAUGUGACGCUUGACAUCUUGCAAGAGUUCCACAUGUCAGGCCUAUAUUUGAUCCUCCCAACAUGCGUUUUUCAUACUCACUUAGCUUAAAAAACUAUAUUUCCACGAAUAUGGGACUAUAACUUCAAAAAUGGUUCAUAGAUUAUGGCUCACCCUAAUACUGAUUCAAUCAAUUAAGUUGAAAUUAUCUGUGUUAUGUUGAAAUUUAUCACAAAUUAGGAUUUUUACCUUUAAAUAUUUGUAAAAUAUGCACACUGUUUUAAGAAAUUAUUGAUGCUCAUGCCACCAUGUAUUAGAACUGCUGCUAGAAUGUAAAGCCAGCAGCUUUGGGUUUGAAGUUAACUGCUGUUGUGAUCACAAAAACAUGCUACAAGUUGAAUGGCUUAAGUGGAGUUCAGUGGAGUUCUUUCCCUUAUUAAAUCUUGUGCUUAAUGUUUCCAGAGAAAAAGACCAGCUCAAAAAGUAGAGAUGGGGACGUCGAAUCAGAAUGAUGUUGACAUGAGUUGGAUUCCUCAAGAAACUUUAAACCAGAUAAGUAAGUAUCCAUAUUACCAUAGGUUGUUAGUCCAUUAAUGAAUUUCUUAUAAAAGGAUAACCAACAUCUUCCAGAUGUUUGGAUUCCAACUCCCAUCAGCACUAGUCAGAAUGUCAGUGGUCAGAAAUAUGGGAGUUGUAGUCUGCAACAUCUGGAGGAACAAUGUUAACUGCAAUGUUGAAUAUGCCUGCCUCUAACUGUUUAGAAAAGGGAUUGUUCUAAAUGUUCCUUUUUUUCUCUGCCAGAUUCACUUGAAAUUAUUUCCAGAAAGAAUUAUUCCUUUACUAUUAUAUUGUUUUAUAAACUUCAAUGAGACUCCAACCAAAAAUUGAGAAUGCAUAUGAAUUAGAAGAAGAUAGUAGUAUUCAAUAAUAUUGAAAUCAGUGGUGAAGUCAAUAGUGAAAUCACUGACUGUUUCUUAUACUGGUUAGAAGAUACUUGCUGAAUCUAUACAGCAUUAGGUGAGGACAAAACUGUAAUUCUGUGACUAGUGUACAGGGUUUUUUGUUGGGUUGGGAGCUGUGGAGCUUUAGCUGUAUGUUUUGGUGACUUCUGAUUUCAAAAAUUAGUCCAAAUAUGUUCUUAGAUCUUUUAAAUGCUUGUGGACUUUUCUAAUAUCUUUACUGUCUCUUCUGUUUUGCUUUUCCUGUGGCUUCAGUGCAAAGUAGAAGAGGUGAGACACUUUAUUGGGUUGAGGCUUCUGAAAUGUAUAUUGUGCACUAAUUAGGUUCUUAUACAUUGAACCCAUUUCUGCUUAGUUGGUACACUUCACAUAAUUGCAUGUGGUGUUAAAGUAAUAAGGUUUGGAGGAUUUCACCAGUAUCUUGAAGAUGCAACAGAAGUCUGGAGUUAAUCCCACUUGGUACAUUUACUGUUGCAUAUCUUGGGGGAGCUGAUGUUCAGAUACUAACUUAGUUACACUGUUAACAUGGUUCAGUCACCAGAACUCAGUGGUAUCUGCACUUACUGGGAUGUCAUCUACUUCACAUGCCUGAUUUCCCAAAGGAAACCGUGGCUACAUUCUUCAGAUUGCCAGAAACAAAAUAGACCACCAACAAUUUUCAGAACACGUGAUAGAAAAGUUUAAUUGUCACAUCACUUGUUCCAUAGCAUAGGAUACUAACUAUUGAUGCUAAACAGCAAUUUGCAUAGAAAAUAAGUAUUAACACAUUAGAGGGCUUUUAAAAUGCAUCAAGAUUGCUGCUUGCUUGGACUUCAUGAUCAUGGUGCUUUAACUGAUAAAGGGGCAAAUAGUUACUAAUAUAUAUUGUACUGUGUUUGUGGCAGUGAAGCCUCUGACAUUGACUGAGUUGAUGUGGUGGAGUGCAAUAUCCAGCUGCUGUAGGAGCUAAAAAGUUAGGCCAACCUCUGUGAGUGCCAGGGAAGUUGCAAGUGUGCAUGGGAAAUAAAAGGCCACACAGGGACAGGCUAUAUUCUGGGAAGAUAGGUGACGGGUUGCUGAGAAAGAAGGAUGCUGAAGAAAGAUUGCAGAGUAGGGAGCUGACUGAGAAGCAGAACCAAAAUGUCUGAAGAAUGAGGCUUAGAGGAUAAAGGUGACAGGGAGCUGAGCCAAGAUAGCUAGAUGGAGAAGGGUUUCUUUUUUAUAAAAAAAGAAAUGUUAUAUCACAAGUGCAGAAGGGCUGCCUGCUAUGGGGGUGAGGGAAGGGGGCAGAGGGAGGCUCAACAAGAAACUAGCUAGAGGAAACGUUGCAAAGUGGGCAGAGGUCUGAAAAACAGGAAUGUGAGAAAACAAUAGGUGGUGGAAACAUUGAGUUCAAGAAAUGAGCCCAGGGGAAAGUAGGAUUCAGGCAAAACAAAGGUUGUAUAUGUGGAAGGGGCCAUGUGAAUAGGUAGGAAGUCAUUAGAGAAGCAAGGGAGGUCCAGAGGAUGGCCAGGGAGCUGAAAAAAGAUGUAAAGUUACUAGGUCUAGAGUUGGAACCCCACAAUUACAUUCAUUCACUUCUGCUUUGCCCUGUUAAGGUUGUCUGUAUGCAAUCAAGACCAAAAGGUGGUUCGAAUCAGUGUGCAAAAUUCAGUCACCACAACUAAUCAGCCAAUUACUUGUAAACCAUCUAGAAAACUGAAUACUAAUUAAAUAUUGAAGAUUAACACAUUUAUUGUGGCUUAUUACUUAUUGUGGCUUUUGCUAAAAUGUUAGUGUAAGGUGCCAUAGUUCUCUUUUUGUUUGCCCAUAAGAGACUGAUAUUGUUACCUUUUGGGGGAUUUACUGCCUGAAUACUUAGCAUUCUUUCUACUUUAUAUGAUUUAGAAUUCUACAGAUACUGAAACUUGAGCUUGUGAAUGUAAAGAUUAGUUUUUGAUUUGGCUGUCCUUGAGCAUAGAGGGAAGUAGGGCAUGAUGUUUCCUUCAUCCUUAGAACAGAUACACACCUGUUCUAUAUUUAGAAACUGAAAGAGAGCAAAAUAAUCUUGCUCAAGCCACCUAUUGUCAUCACAGAGCUGAGAUUGAAUGCUUUGAUCCUGCAUUGUUUUAGGAACAUCUCAUUAAUAGGCUACUAGUUGCAUGUCCAUAACUGAAGAACAUAUAUAAGAUGCUUCUCAGAUCUGCCUUUUGCAUGAUCGUUCUUUGAGGGAAUAAAUUAGAAAAUAAUUUUCUCCCUCUGGCCCCCAAAAUAUUUCAUUUAACUUAUCUCAUUGAGUAACUUUUCUUCUUCUUUUCCUUCAGACAAAGCUUCCCCAAGACGGCUGCCCCGGAAGAGGGCGCAGAAGAGAUCAGUAGGAUCUGAUGAGUAA